CCCUCUCCACGAUGGGGUUCUCGUCCGGGAUAAUGUCAUCUCCCAGCAGGCCCAUCUUGCGAUAGCCGCACGCAUCCUGAUACUUGUCCGCGAUUGGCUUCACGAACCGAUAGAGCGAUGGUCUCGCUCUGAUGAACGGUGCCAAACUAAUGCCGAGCACUCCCCCGAAGAAAGGCAUGGCUGACUUCCUGCUGAAGCUGUUUUGAUGGCCAGUGUUCAACCGCUGUCCUGCUCCCUCCACCGAGCUGGCUUUCCCAGCCACGACGCAUAAUCUCUUGAAUUGACUUGGCCAAAUUUUGCUCGUUGCAGCAGACGUCGGUCCAAGAUGCAGGCAUCAACGAGCGUGAUUGAAGGCCAGAGGCAGUCACACUAUCUGCUAGAGACCUACGAAGCCCAUCUCGUUUCCUUGCUCGUACCGGAAGCCCAGGCCAAGUUCUAUGCCGUCGGGACCCAGAAAGCCGUUCCCAUUCCUCAGCGAACUCGCAUCAAACGGGACCUCAGAGCGACUGCCUUGCUCGACAGGAUCGUCGAUACGUCAGACCAGCUCACGAGCUCGUAUGGCGACAGCACCGCAGAGCGCAGACGGGAGCUCGAUGCACUCGCGGGACGCUCCUCUCUCGCGACGACAGCACCUUCCGGCUCGGGUGAGAUGGACGAGUUCUACGCCCGCCUAUCUGCACUCAAGGAGCACCACCGUCGCUACCCUGAUCAGUCAGCCCGCCUGAUGGCAGAAGAGGACGAGCAGUCGCUUGUUGACAGCCUCGCCCAUGCCAAUGCUGCAAAUGACGAGGGUGUUGAUGGCAUGUUCACCGGCGAAGAGGCACUGGGCCGCUACUUGGACCUCCUCUUGCUCCAUAGCGAGUUCAACAACUUGCCCGGCCAGACCGAGCAGACCAGGCUGGCUUAUCUGCCCUACCUGGACGCAGUCACGCGCUUCGACACAUACGAUCGCUCUCGAAAGACCUCGGGACAAGCUUACGCGACAUAUCUCAAGAAUCUGCUGGCCUACAUCGAAUCAUUCUAUCAGCGAGUCUUUCCGCUGCUAGAUAUCGAGCUAGAAAAGGCGGAGGCUCAAAAAGCGUUUGAGAUCGACUGGGCCCAGGGUGCAGUCCGUGGCUGGGCUCAGCAAGCUGCAGCGACCAAUGGGGCGAGCGAAGAUGCAUCAGAGGGUAUCUAUUGCGAGGCUUGUCAGAAGCACUACUCAAAGCAGACUGUCUACGACGCCCAUCUGACGUCCAAAAAGCAUCUCAAAGCAGCUGCUAGACCCAAGACACAGACCAAUGGCCACGCGAAUGGUUCGCCAGCCCCCGCCCAUACCAAAGACAGCAAACGAGAUCGCGAAAAGGCGCUUGCGGCGCAAGAGGCUAUCAUCAGGCGGCUUAUGGAUCACACGAGCUCACCACUCAUUGGUAUCAAGGCAGACACGAAGAGCAACGUCGAACGCAAGGCUUCUCUGACAGACCACGAGCGCCAGCUGGAGCUCGAGGAGAUGGAGAUACGCGAAGCGAAGGAGAUUGCCGCCGCUCUUGCCGGUGCGACGGGUACGGAUACAGCCGGCCAGGCGACAGCUGAGGAAGAGGAAGAUGACGGAACGAUAUAUAACCCCAAGCGAUUACCGCUCGGUUGGGAUGGCAAGCCCAUCCCUUACUGGCUCUAUCGACUGCACGGGCUUGGUGUCGAGUACAAGUGCGAGAUCUGCUCAGAUCAUGUCUACAUGGGCCGCAAAAACUUUGAACGUCAUUUCAUGGAAUCACGACAUGCUUUCGGCAUGCGUGCUUUGGGGCUGCCCAAUACGAAACACUUUGCCGAGAUCACAAAGAUCGAAGAUGCUCUUGCGCUGGCCUCUAAGCUCAAGGCGGAAGGGAAACAAGAGCAGCAUCGGGCGGAAGAGAUGGAGGAGUUGGAAGAUGCAGACGGCAAUGUAUACAACCGCAAGGUCUUUGAAGAUCUCAAGAAGCAGGGUCUGUUGUAAUUGUCGUGCAUUGCUACGUGCUACAGUGCAUGGAUGACUUUCAGCGUCCCAUUUGUUCUGAUCUCGGCAUGAAUGUCUGUCUCUGACCAGCCGUUCUGCAUUGCUUUCGGUGCAACUGCAGGCCCACGCAGCCGCAACU